AUGAAUAUAUUGAAGUACAAAUCUUCAUGUGUUUCAAAAGAUUUAGUUGGGAUUAAUUCUCCUAUAGAAGCAUUACAAAAUCAUUUGCUUUUGGACUCGGAUGAUGGUGUUCGUGUUAUAGGAAUUUGUGGAAUGGGAGGAAUAGGGAAGACAGCCCUUGCUAUGACUUUGUAUGGCCAAAUAUCUCAUCGAUUUAGUGCAUCCUGUUUUAUUGAUGAUGUAAGCAAAAUUUAUAGAUCAGGUGAUGGUCCCCUCGAUGCACAAAAGCAAAUCCUACUUCAAACUGUCGGCAUAGAACACAAUCAAAUAUGCAAUCAUUACAGCGCAACUAAUUUGAUGCGAAUAAAUCUAUGUCAUGAAAGGGCCCUUCUGAUUCUUGAUAAUGUAGAUCAAGUUGGACAAUUGGAAAAAAUAGCUGUGCGUCGUGAAUGGUUAGGUGCAGGGAGUAGAAUUAUUAUCAUUUCUAGAGAUGAGCAUAUAUUGAAAGAGUAUGGAGUGGAUGUAGUUUACAAAGUUCCACUUUUGAAUCAGGCCGAGUCUCACAUGUUAUUUUGUCGAAAAGCUUUCAAAGUUGAGAAAAUUAUUAUGAGUGAUUAUCAAAAUUUGGCAGAUGAGAUACUGAAUUAUGCUAAAGGUCUACCGCUAGCAAUUACAGUAUUGGGCUCAUUUUUGUUUGGUCGUAAUGUGACUGAAUGGAAGAGUGCAUUGUCCAGAUUGAGAGAAAGUCCAGAUAAUAAUGUCAUGGAUGUGCUGCAGAUAAGUUUUGAUGGUCUAAAUCUUACGGAAAAAGAAAUGUUUCUUCAUAUUGCUUGUUUUUUCAACUUUCUGCACGAGAAAAGAGUUAAAAACAUUCUAAAUAGUUGUGGAUUUCAUGCUGAUAUUGGAUUAAGAGUUCUCCUUGAUAAAUCACUUAUAAGCAUUGAUAAUUCAAUAAUUAAAAUGCAUUAUUUGUUGGAAGAACUAGGCAGAAAAAUUGUGCAAGAAAGUUCAAGCAAAGAGCAAAGAAAGUGGAGCAGGUUGUGGUCCCAUGAACAAAUCUACAAUGUUAUGAUGGAGAAAAUGGAAAAGCAUGUUGAGGCCAUAUCUUUGAUUGGAUGGAUUGAUAUGAUAGUUUAA